UGCUUGCUCUCCGCAUCUUGGACACGCCCACUGGCUUCCCAUACCCCUCCCUGCUGGCUUCCUCUUUCUACAAUGCUCCCUUACUGCCUCGUCUGGUGACGACAGCCGCCUUACAGUCGGCUCGCCCAAAGGAAUUGACAAGCAAGCAUCUCCAUACGGCAGAAAGCAAUGGCAGCAUUAGGGGUUGGGACAACCGCUCAGGGAGCAAACUCUCCCGAGAGUAGCCAGGGAGCAACGACGGCGCCCGCCAAGUCGGACUCGGGCUCUCCCACCCCGGCCGGGUCUGUGCUGUUGAAAGACGCGGCCCACGCACCACCCCAUCAGGCCGUGGCCGGCGGAGAAGCCCCGAAAGAUGGCCCGGCUUCCGGCAUGCUGGCCAAGGCGUGGGCAGUCAUCCUCCAAGGCCCCAAGGCGACCUGGUUCGAUCCGGAAAACCCUCCCGAGUUCACGCUAAGCUUGAACAUCCUGUUUACCGCUGCAGCAGCCAUCACGGUAGGAAAUCUAUACUACAACCAGCCGGUGCUCAACAUGAUGGUCCAUACCUUUGGCAUCAGCUUCGAGCGGGCGUCCUCUGUGGCCACCCUGAUGCAGGCUGGCUAUGCCGGGGGGCUACUUUUCCUCUGCCCGCUCGGCGACUUCUUCAAGCGGAGGCCCUUUAUCCUUGGCCUCGUCGCCCUGACAGCCAUCCUGCUCGCUCUCUGCCUCACCACCUCCUUCGCCGUCUUCCAGGCCGUGUCCUUCAUGGGCGGCUUCACCACCGUCACCCCGCAGCUGAUGCUCCCCCUGGUCAGCGAGCUGGCCCCUCCGCACCGCCGCGCGAGCGCGCUCUCCAUCGUGGUCGCCGGCUUCUCCUCGGGCGUCAUGCUCGCCCGCGUGCUCUCGGGCAUCGUCGCAAACUACACCCACUGGCGCAACGUCUACUGGGUGUCGUUCGCCCUGCAGCACGCCCUGCUGGCCGCCCUGUACCUCGGCAUGCCCGACUACCCCUCCAAGUCGGCCGCGCGGUUCAGCUACCCGCGCAUGCUCUGGAGCAUCUUCGUCAUGGUGGCCACCGAGCCGGCCCUCGUCCAGGCCGGCCUCGCCGCCUUCUGCGUGAGCGCCGUCUUCACGUCGUACUGGACCACCCUGUCCUUCCUCCUGUCCUCGCCCCCUUACGGCUUCGGCCCGCUCGAGGUCGGCCUGUUCGGCCUCAUCGGCCUGUUUGUCAUAUUCUGGGGCCCACCCUUUGGCCGCAUCGUGCUCGACCGGCUGACGCCGCUGGUGCCCGCGCUCGGCGGGCUGGUGCUCAACCUCGUCGGCGUCACCAUCGGGACCUUCACGGGCACCUCCACCGUCGCCGGCCCCAUCGUGCAGGCCCUCCUCAACGACGUCUCGAUGCAGGCCACCAACAUCUGCCUGCGCGUCCACGUCUACGGCAUCGACCCGGCCGCGAGGAACCGCAUCAACACGGCCUACAUGCUCGCCUCCUUUUGCGGCCAGCUGACCGGCACGGCUGUCGGGAAUAGGCUGUAUGCUCUGGGCGGCUGGACUUAUAGCGGCAGCUGCAGCAUGGCGCUCAUGGGCUUCGCCAUCUUGGUCUGUCUCGCCAGGGGUCCUCGCGAGAAGGCCUGGGUCGGCUGGGCUGGCGGCUGGAACCCACGCGCUGACAAGCCAUCGCCCGCCCCAGCCGAGCAGCAAGCAGCCGACGUGGAGCAGCAGUUGGAAGACAAGGUCGUGGCGGGACCGGAACAGCCGCAAACGGGCCCGGAGAGAGGAGAAGAGGGGGGAAAGGUUUGUUGAGGGGGCUCGAAUGCUGGCAUCGCCCCAGUAUAUAUGUGACGAGACAGAAGAUUUAAUGACGCAACGAUUUCACCCGUGUCCUCGCGCGUCAUAUAUCCAUCGAUACCACCAACCCGACCCCGCCGCUCAUGCACCGAUGG